UCUGCAACCAACAAAAACCAGCCGCAGACGACAGAAAAACUUGAAGUUUCUGUACUGCUUUACUCAUUUUAUCUUUGGAAUCCUUUGCGUCAAGACGAGAGUCAGCUAGAGCUCUGUAUUUGUUUGAAGUGACAUCGUUUGUACCUUUUUGAGAAAGAUACUUUUGCUCCGUCAUAACGCUAAUAAUUAUAAGAAAUAUCAAAUGCUAACUCCAUCGACUUCUUGAUCUAGAACGCUUUGUCUGCUCCUCGCCAAUUAAAAAAAAUAUAUGAAUAAGAGCUCCAUUCAUGUCGGGAACAUCGCUGUUUUCAGCAAGAGAUCUACACAUUUUGUUAUUGUAAUUGUUAAAUUGUAUUAUAUCAGGAUUCCUUUGUUAAAAUUUAUUGAACAAUUACACUAGUUUGCAGCAAUGGAUUUGUACGCGAGUCUCUGCUCCAGUUUACUAUUCCUUGUCAGUCUCAUGUCAGUUGCCGAAUGCUACAGAAUGCCUUUAGUUGGUAGAACCCGCCCACAACAGCAGUGUCCAAUCAACAACGACCUUACCUUCCAGCACUGCAUGUCAGCCUGCCAAUCACACACGUGUGAAGACGUCAUCAACGAACCUCCUUCUGGCUCGUGGCCUUGUAUCCGAAUGUGUGUGAGCGGGUGGGCGUGUCCCCGUGGCCAGGUGCGAUUGGAUGGCUACACGGACGUGUGCACAGCGAGGGACAUGUGCACAACCAAUGAGACGAGCUGUAACCAUAACAACGAAGUAGUUCGGGUCAACACCAAUUUCUUCGACGGUGACCUGACAUGUCGCUGCUUCGUCGACGGGAUCGUACGAUGUCGAAACGCUUUUCCAACAGAAUGAAGAAAUGUAUUAAACCGAUCAAUACCUCCCGAUUAUAGCACCAGUCCGACAUCGAUCAGCAUCUUAAGACGACGUAUAUGAUAUCGACAAUGAUGAGGGCGUCGGACGUCGCGGGUGCGGUCGUACACAUUGUCCGCUUCGGAAAUGGUUGUAACCUAGCUUGAUCGAUGACUACGUCGGCCCAUUUUAGCGUCUUACCAUCAAUUUACACAAGAGCUGCACGGUGUUGAUCUGAGGCGAAAACUAAUCAAGUUGUGCCAUCAUUAAUUAACCGCGAUGUUAUUAUAUUCGUGAAAGAACUUGAAUGCAAACUUAUGCAGAUAUUGGUGAUCAACAUGACCAUACCUAACUCUCGACCGCAGCAGUCAAAUCUCCUUUUUGACCCUGAUAACGACAUGAGUGGUUAUAUCAUUAAGGGUCUCCAUUAAUACUUACAUGACUAAGUGCAAUUCAGAAAAAGUAAUAAAAAGCAAAAGAAGAGAAAGGAGAAAUUUAAACUACAACAAAGGAUUUCAAGUCGGAAAGGCAUCAGAAGAGUCCAUGCACUGGACACUUAAAAUAUUGACUGUGGAUCUAGAAUUUGAUAAUCGGAUAGUCGAAAAAUGAAGACCAAAAUGUCUCAAAAUUGUGAAUU